AAAGUCCUGUGCUUGUAAUGAGGCAGUGCCAUUGCACCACUUAAUCCAUGUAAAUCAUGUGUGUCGAGAUGGAUUUGAAGUGAAACGUGUGUUCACACCAGGAACUUUGAGCUGAAGGAAUCCUCCUUCCUUCCCUUUGUUCUUGUCUUUUGGUCUCCUUUGGCCUCUGAUUUAGUUUGCGGCAAGCGGACACUACCAGCCUCAGGAAUGGCACUACUCCCAUAUCCACAAUGCCAUUUUGGGCCCAUUUGGGGAACUGAUGACAGAGGAUGACCUCAACCUUAUCGAGAAACAAAUUGAGAACCUGCAAGUCAUGCACAAAGUUUCAGAAGUUGAGAAGGAGCUGGAAGAACUUGAGCGGGAGCUUCACCAGCUCCUUCCAGUUUCUGCUGCCCUCAAUCAAGGGCACUUCUCAGUCAAUCCAAAGCAGGUACAUGGCCAAGCUGAAGAUCUUCCAGCCUGGUGCAGCAAGAUUUCUACCCUGCUCAAGAGUAUGGCCAUUCUUCUUGCCACCCUGGGGGGGAAAGAGAUAGACAUCUUGGAUCUAAUAUGUCCUGGAUAUUCUCAAGAAGAGGCGAGGAAUGUGAGCCCAGGUCAAUCGGAACUAGGAGAAUCCGUUGGCACUGGCUUAAUUGGACGAUCUCAGUCCUUCUCAACAAGAGAGGAUGUAGAGAAGGAGAUAAAGCAGUGUGGAGUUUCAGUGAAGAACCUCAAGGCCAAUUAUGAAAUUCAUAAUGAGCAGUCUAUAGAUAGCAAUGCAAAUAGGGUGUACAUGCGCAAAAGGUCACUCCCUGUGGUCAGUCAGUCUAGUUAUUGUCCAGAGACAAUUUGUGAGGAUGAUGUCCCUUGUUCCUCUGCUGAGGUCCCUCAGUCCCAUACCAAUGGAGAUUUACCGUUAGUGGAACAAUCAAUCUUACCACUUGUUGAAGAGCCAGUUAUUAUCGCAUCUCAUGCUCCUAAGUCGUAUGCGCCCUCUGAGGUAAUGGCUCCAACUAACAUUGAACACUUCAAUCAGGUUCUUUCUGCAGACCCCGUUUUAAAUGAUGGUCAAUUAACAAGAAGCUUGGAGGUUCAGACAGAUCUAAGCUAUGUCCAGGAAUGCAUUGAAAUGAGGAAAGAAAGAAUUGUCUUCCUGUUCCUUGAACACUGGCGGAAGUAUACCAUCUCUGAAACGUACCAGACUAAACACACUGGUAAGAGAGGAAGUCAUUUAAACGUUGGCUGGGAGGACUACAACCAAUUUAGUGCACAGAUCGGUGGUGAAAUGCAGAGCGAAGACGAUAAACUCCUCCUUUUCAUGAAGUCGAAGCAGGUGGUAGGGAAUCUGAUUGGCCACUGGAGGACAAUUAUGAGUCAAGUGCCCACACGCCAGAUCCGCAGGCUGAGUCGUGUCCAGAUGAUCUACUGGCCAGAGCACUUCUUGCCCCACAUCAACGGCUUGCCUGUGAGUUAUAAAAGCCUAACCCUUGACCUCUUCAUGCUCGGAUACUUCCAGUUGUUGGAAAUGAACAUGUCUCGCAGUGAGCGCAAAUUCCGCCACCUCUUGUGCUACGAGAUGUUUGACCGUCUUGGCAGCCAUAAAUGGGAGGUCAUAAGGCAGUUUCACAAGGAGGUCAUGGAGGAAAUUGAGAGAGGGAAGCGAGACUGGGCAGAUGGUUUUGAAGACAUAAAACACAAGUAUUUUGGAGACUCAAUUGAUGGGGGAGGUGUGAUGACUGCUUCUCUACAUUCCAUGUCUCCUGACAUGUCCAUUAUGCAGGAGUCACUCCCUCCCCCACCUUCUCAUGCUCCACCUCCUCCACCACCUACCCAUCCUGCUCCACCAGCCCCACAAUCAAAUGUUUCUCAAGCAUCAUCACCUGCUGCACCUGCUGCCAUAUCUGACAAUGGCCAGUGUGUGGUGCCGGGAACCCUGCAGAAUUCAUUGGAGGAACAUACUCGGGGGGAUUUAAAAAACAGUGAGCAGAUAUCAUCAAAUGGGGCAGUAGUUUCUAAUGGAAAAGGUUCAGAGCAGGAUCAUACGCAGAGUUCGACAACCGAAACUGAACAACACACUGAUGCAACGGCAAAAGCCGAGACACUGCAGGACACCACAGAAACUACAGGACCAGAUCCAGUGAAAGUUGUUCCGCCUCUUACUGUUAAAAUGAUACAGGAACCCGAUGUUGAUAAACCUCCACACAGGGAUGAACAUAAUGAAGACUCAAUUAAAGUGAUCUAUGAGCUAAAAGAGUUCAGCAAUGAGGAGAUCAUCAGAUACAUUGACCGAAGCUUUGCCUUUUGGAAAGAGAGGGAAGCUGAGCUUUUUGAUAUCUAACAAUAAUGUGGACUAAGGGUUCACUAAAAGACCAGUUCACCUGUACAACCAGAGAAGAAAUGCAUAAAAAGCAGGAUCAGGUAAACUAACCUGCGAAGUGGAGUAUGCUUAGAAAGGAAACUAAUCUGGUGUGUUAGCUAUUAGGCGCACGUCACAUAAGGGACUUAACUGCAGAAAAGCAAAGAGCAUCCACUUAGCUGUACUGACUUUACCUUUUGUAUAUGCUGAAGUGGACGAAAAGAAAGCAUGUGAUGUCAAAAGACACAAAUUUACUACAAGCAUAUAUUUUAGAAUUGUGCUGAACCGAGAGCUUUUUUAAUCUAAUAUGACUGCCAUGGCACACUACUUCUAGGAAAGAUAUUAAAAGGAAAAGAUUUGCCAUAAAAGUCAUGUAGUGCGUUUGUUCAAGACAUCUUUGUAAUGAAAGACAUAACUGGUAAAUCUUUGCACACUAGAAAUAAAAUACUGACAGUUUGAUAAAACUAAUCAAUUCAUUCUUGAUACCCAGUAAGAGGGAAACACAUUCAAAUCAUUUAUGGGAUCUUUGUUGUUUGAAAGCAAAGGCAAAGAAACAAGGUCUUUAAUGGGUUUGCAAGAGUUUAUGGUUACUUUGUGGUUCACAGAUGGCCCUUGUCUUCAAGCCUGAGACUGUGUGCUUUUGUUUAUAGACUGUGUGCCUGUCAUUAUAUACUAAAAAGAUGAACAGGAAUAAAUGCAAGGCUUGCAGAAAGCGAUCUGAGCUUUUUCAUUAGUAAUUCACAGCUCAAAAUUGCAAAAAAAAACUAAUUUCUGUCAGCAAAUUUAAGCAUUAAUUUGACAAAGCUGUUAUCAACUAAAGUUAAACAUCAAAUCAAAGAUUGUAAUCGUCCGUUCCUUCAUUUUUGUUACUCUGUUUAUAAUUUGAGUGUUGUUGAGAGAUCUGUUCAAGCUUUACAUCAUUUAAAUGUGUGAUCCUUUAUUAUUUUGGUUUCUACAUUCCUGAUGGAAAUAAAGUUUGUUGACAUUUUUGUGAUUAAAUGACUUCAGUAGUUCUUUCCUAAAACAUUCUACUUCAACUGUUGCGGUUACUCAACUGACAAACAUGGCCGACGUAAUAUGUCAAUUAUCUGAUAUACAGUAUGUACCAAUGAAAGAGAUAUUGUCUAGCACCGAUUGCGUAAUCCUCGGCUGCGACGUUUCCAGCAGUGAAGAACCACACUAUGCUCAUAGUGUCUCUUCUGUCUCCAUCAAGAUUACCUUCGCAUAACCCUCUUAGCACCACCCGCUGUCAUGCUAUCUGUGGCUUACAGGAGGCAUAAGGAGGUUACAGUGAAUCUUCAUCAACUCACAGCCCAAAAAGGAAGGCAGUCAGCUGGUAAACUUAACGGCCUAUACAUAGAUUUGCAUUUAUGUACAGUAUUUGUCAUUGAUUUGGUGAAGCUAUUGCACAGUAUUGAGUGCGUGGUGAAUGUUUUUGAUACUACAUUGAAGUUCUACAGUGGAAGUCAUGAACAGAACCACCAUUUGUUCCACUUGUAAUCCAUCAAGCUUGCACACUGCACAAGGUCAAAUAUUUGUAUUUACAGAACUGCUUAAUACAUAUGCGAUUGACCGUUAAGUCAACACUAAGUCCAGACAAUGGAGAGCAUUAGCAGAUAAAACAUAACAAAGACUGUUAAAGUUGUUGAAUUGAUAUUGACUUCAUUGUCUAGGAAACCAGAUGGAAAGAUUGUAUUAAAUCUAAAACUAUACUGUACAAACCUGGCAACAGGUUGUGUAACUGACUAUUUAUAGUUGAUUUAAGCAGAGGUCUGCUCAGGCAUGACAUAGAUAUCCCGUUGUAGCCUGUAUCCACAUCAAGACUGAAUCGGACUCGCAAUGCAUGUCAAAUUCAUGACCAACGGCAACACACAAGAACAUAAUACGAGUAGCUAAUAAGCUGUUCCUUUAACAUGCCAGCAAUAACACUACACACGUCGCCAACUGCUACCAGCACAUGAUUUCUCGAAUAUCACCAAUAUUAGCCAGAUGAAUGUGGCUGAUAAAAGUGAAUUCAGAACUUCUUCCUCAGAGGAUUAUUGGAAAUUUUGAGAAACUUGCCUGUAAACAAUAUUUUCAUCUAUCAUCAAUUGUAAUAGAUGCUCGCCAGGCUAUUGCAAUGUAUUGGCUACACCCUCGGACUCAAACGGAUGUAGUCUGUUGGCGCAGAGGAAGACGACCCGUCAUAAAGACUAAUAACCUUUUUUGUUCCAUUGGGUAUAGGCUGGGUAACAGAAGUUCAUUUCUAACUGGACAGGUUUGAAUCUUGUGCAGAGUUUGCGUGUUCUCUCCAUGUUCAUCUGGUCUCCAUUCAGGGCUCUAGUUACCUCUAAAAGACACCCUAUGUUGUGAGGGAAGAUGAUUUCACUAAUGAUCUUAAUGUUAAUGUGACUGAUUAAAUGAAAGUCAAAUGGGCAGUGCAUAACUAACUUUGCUGAGCUUAGAGGUUCAAAAAGUCACUGAUGAACUACUUCCACUCAUGCAAGUUGGUUUGUAUGGAUGUACUAACUCAACUCUGCAAUACUGCACACUCUAAUUAUUUGUGCAUGUCCCUUUCCUGCUGAUCAUACAACAUAGCUGGUAUUGAAUGUUGGAUAUGACCCAUUUUUAAGUACCAAACACAAGUACAUCUUUGAUGACAUCUUUAAAUGAACAGUAGUAAAUAAGUUGUUCCAAUAGCAAUACAACCCACAAUUGGACAUUUUAUUAAUUACCAACUCACAUGUGCACUUCCACACUUCAUAGCAAAUCGAUCAGCAAAUUUUUUUUUUUUGAUUUAUUUAUUAUUUUUUUUUUUUCUUGCUCUGUAAUUCCCGGGGGAAUCAUUAAAAAUGUACCGUGUAUAUAAUCUUACCUGGGAUAAUGUUUGCCGGGGCAAGUGAAAUGCUUCAGUCAGAGGAAUGCGAAAGGGUAAUCUAUAUCUCGUCGGGUGAAGAUGAGAAAUCCAAGAUUGCUGCCCUCUUUCUCUCCCCCCGCUCCACCUCCGAUUACAGCCUGAAAGAGAGAAAAGGAUCCAGUUACCGUUUGUGUGCGCCAUCUGCCAAAAUUGUCCUGUAAAACAGUGUCUUGUCCAUUGAGAAGGCUUUAUCUUAUUUUACAGAAGUAGGAGAAGAGAACCUAUUGUGAGUGUAUGUGUGCUCUAUUUGCUGUUGUAAGUACAUACAUCUGUUUACACAGUACGCUAUAUGCUCUAUAUACGCAGUUCCAUAAAGCCCAUCUGUCAAAGGUUUGACAUUUGAGAAUGUGUAUACUGGACUAAUACGUUGAGCUAAUGUUUCAUUACAGAUUUGCUAUGCAGGUGUUGUCCUGCUCUCUCCAGCAUGUAGAGAGGCUUUAUGCGAGACUGCAAGCAUGAAGCACAUCAAUACCACCUCUGAUUGAGUUUUUCAAAGCCCUUGACCUAACAAUUUCUUACAACCACCAUAGUAUUACAACCACCUUGAAACCCUAGGUAACUCAAGUUUCAGUAGGCAGGUUUAUUGAGUGAAUAACUUUGCAGAGUAAGACCACGGAAAAGCCAAUUUACUGCAACACAAAUUGAUGUAAGUAUUUAAAAACUAACAUGAGUUAUUAAUGACUUUGUUUUUACACAUGUGACUUGUGUGAACUGUGGGAGACCCUUUAUUGCAUUGAACACCAAUUCAAUUGUGUUUUUGAUUAUUUGUAUUGUUCUAAUAAUUUCAGCUGUUAUAGAUCAAAUUCUUUACUGACUGGCAUGGGGCCCCUA